AUGGCUACCCUAGGCGCUACGGAAAACCCCUUUGUGAGCGAAGGUGACAUUGUGAUUGCUUGGAGGCUCUUCCCCGAGCGCUAUCCUGCAAGCGGAGUAAGCGUCAUUGCCAACAUCACACAAUGGACGGUUCCAACGUUUCCAAAGUCCGAAGGUAUUCCAAUAGACUGGAUCAUCCCGAUCGCCGAGAAUAUCACCUAA